GAGGCCUUGGCAGCAGCUCGCCUCAGGAUGCAGGAGGAGUUGAAUGCACAAGCAGAAAGAUACAAAGAAAAACAAAAACAGCUUGAAGAGGAGAAGCGAAGGCAGAAGAUAGCAAUGUGGGAAAGUAUGCAAGAAGGAAAGAGCUACAAAGGAAAUCUGAAACUGAAUCAGCAAGGAGAAUCUGGUGCCUCCACCUCAGCAGUCCCAAAAUCUAAACCAAACAAAAAGCCUUUGCGAGGAGGUGGGUAUAACCCACUGUCUGGAGAAGGAGGAGGAACCUGUUCCUGGAGACCAGGCCGGAGAGGCCCAUCAGCAGGUGGAUGA